CGGGUAUAAUUUUAUUGUUUGAACAGUCAUGGAUAUUGCUUAAUACUUUACUACCAUGCAAGAUAUAUUAAUUGUAUUUUUCUACAUAUGGUGAUAGUAUUUUGCAAGCUGUCAAGUGUUUAUGAUUUUUUUUGUUUAUAUAAUAUAUCGUUUCUAUGACACUUCUCUGUUUGAUGUUUCUGUUCGGUGAAUGAAGUCUUUGAAUAAUUUGUACUCUUUAUAUUCAGCUUUUUUCGGCACAUCGUUAAGAAUGCAGAACGGACACAGUUGAGAGAAACCCAGACUAUUACUUUAACUUUCGCAUUUUGCAAAUAUUUGAAUUGCAACCAAACUCCAUAAACUACAUCGAUAAUCUUAGCAUCAAAAUGGGUUCUGGAUCAAGCAAAAAGAAAGCUCAAACUACAAUGAAAACGGUAGAAGCUACUCAAGCAUUCAAGAAAGGAUCGAAAACAGCUUCAAACAAAAGCACUACAUCGUAUUUAGGAAAGAUUCUGGUAUCGUUUCACUCGAAAAACUACCAUACAGCACAAGACCUACGCAACUUUCUCCAGGAGAAGAAAUUCGAAGUGUUUCUAAUUUCCGAAGGAAGCCCAGCAUCACUACAUCUUCGAGAACAGAGUGUUCAAUGGUGUGAUGUAUUUGUCCUCAUUGCAACAUUCAGCUACCAAAGAUCUCCACAUUGUGUAGAACUUGCAAACUACGCGAAAGAUAAGAAGAAGCCUGUUGUGUCACUAAUCGCUCAGCCGAAUUUUUCCCCUUCAGGUUCAGUGGGGGCAAUCUCAUUAGCAUGGGGCAUUAGUAUACAAUAUAUCCAAUCAACUCCAGAAAACAAUGAAAAAGUAUUACAAGCUGUCCAACAAAAGAUGUCAGGUGUGCAGUCUGGUGAUGUUGCCAUGCCUACACAUGAUACUCCAGAGGGUUCACCAGUUCAAACUGAAAAAAUACCAGGAUCAUAUCUGUGUAUCACAUAUCACCAAGAUGGAUCAAAGGUGGCCGAGAUGUUGAAAGGUGGGCAUGGUGUGUCCAAUAAAGGGGCACAAGCCAACACACUUAGCCCCUUAGCCAUCAAAAUGGGAAAUCCAAACAGUGAUAAUAUGGGACUCAUUAAAGACUGCAAAGUCUUUAUACCCGUACUAACAACAGGUUAUCAGUCGACUGAGAAGUGCCAACAGGAAUAUGAAUAUGCACGGAAAUGCCAAAAGGUAAUAGUUCCAGUAAAGGGUGAGAAGUUCUGGCCAUCUGGCUGGCUAUCACUUGGAAUAGCAGGCAAGCUCUACUAUGAGCUUAUUGAUGCAAACCAAGCAUACACUCAUCAUCCCAAUGUACCUGAUAGCAAUCCUAUGAAUGAUUUCAUUUUCGCUGUCAUGACUGCCAUGCAAGGUGAACAGACAGAGGAGGAAAAAGACAAGGCUGAUAUUGCUGCAUUAACCAAACAAAUAGACAGUGUGAAGCCUAAACUAGAUGAAUGGCCUCCMMAACAAAGACAGGAAACAAAAGAAAGAUCACUUCCUCCUCAUCCAGACACGCUCAUAACUCAGGAUAAAGAGAACCUACGCUUCAACUACAUCAAAUAYGAAGUCACCCGCAUGACAUUUAAGCCCCCUAAGCCUUUGUUUGACGACCAUGGAAGACCAAUAGAGCAGAAGUUUGACAUCAUGUUGUCAUAUCAGUGGGACAUUCAAAAUUUUGUAAGAGAUAUGUACAUGGAGUUAGACAUGAAGACRUUUAAGACCUGGAUGGAUGUGUGGGGCGGCAUGCAAGGAAACAUCAACGAAGCCAUGGCAACAGCUGUAGAGAAUUCAACUCUAAUGAUAUCAUUUCUCACUGAAAAAUAUCAAAAGUCAGUGAACUGCAACUUGGAGUUGCAAUAUGCAAAGCAACAACAAAUGCCAAUCAUAUUUAUCAAAGUAGARCYAGAACUGGAGUUAAAAGACUGGAUUCAAGAUCUGGCAGAGAAGAGUUUGGUCUACAACUUGAGGUCAACAUCAGACUUUGGAGUCAUGGACAAUGGUGUGCCUAAAAUAAACCGCAUUGCUGAAGCAGCAAGAAACCUCAUCAAGUGGUCAGCAAYGCAGCCAAAAAUACUACGCAAUGAUGUAUCAGAAGAAGUCUACAGACURCAAAAUYUACUGGAAGAUGCCUUAUGUGCCCAAGCUGAGAAGGAAAACCGGUCUAGAUAUCUGAAAUGCACUCGCUGUGAAGCUCAGUUUGAGCCAGAUGCAGCAGCUGGUUGUAAAAAACACAGAGCAUACUACAUGGGUGGCAACAUACUUGCAGGCCGGUGGGUUUGUUGUAGCCAACGUGAGAAGGAUGGGAUGGGAUGUGAAAAUACAAACCACACCACUGWACAGAGAAAGUGGACACCCAUUCAAGGAGGAUGUCAUAAGUGGAUUCCAGAGUGAGACAAUGUGCAAAGAUUGCAGUCAGCAAAUUAAAACUUUGUUAUCUUUAUAUUCAAUUGUUUGUAUCUAAAUAUCAUUAAUUCUAAAAAUAUUUAAAAGUAAUACUUCUUUAAGUAAUCAUAUGAGGAAGUAGCUGAUCCCAUUAAAGAGUGCUCAAUACACAUAUAGUGUAGAGCUAAUUAUAUAUAUAAUAUUAACAAAAAGGCAAGAUUAUUAAUCAAGGUCAUUAAAUACUGUCUGAUGAGUGCUUACAGCACGAAACUCGGAAUAACAGCAAAUCUUGCCUCUUUGUUAUUAUACAUACUUUUUUAAGUAUAUUACUCUUAUGGUGUAAUGAAUAYGGCAUAUUUAUAUUAUUUAACAAAGAUUAAAUGUAAUCACUUCUA